GAGAGAGAGAGAGAGAGAGAGAGAGAGAGAGAGAGAGAGAGAGAGAGAGAGACCUCAGGUUACAGGAGCAGACCGAGUGCACAGCGCUCACACAAGCUGAAACUUCACUGAACGCUGAAGGCAGAAAAGAGGAAAAGAGGCUAAAAUAUAUAGAGAUAAAAUGAGCAGUCAGUUCGACGACGAUGCGCGAGACAGAAAGGAGUGUAAAAGCAAAUCUCCGACUGUCCUCUCGUCAUACUGCAUCGAGAGCAUUCUGGGCCGGAGGAGUCCCUGCAAAGUCCGAAUGGUGGGAUCGCAAAGUUUACCAACGCGCACGGAGCAUGAGCAGCGUUCUGAAGUUUCCAGUAAAGAGCUCUCCUUUGACUCGGACAUGCACCUUCCUCCCAAACUGCGCCGGCUCUACGGCCCCGGAGGGAAAUAUUUGGACGCCACCAGGGUUUUUCAGGAGCACGGAGAGAAAGUCGAGCUCGGUUGCGAGGGCAUGAAGAUCAGUCAGGCGCCGCAGGUCAGCAUCAGCCGGAGCAAGUCUUACAGGGAAAACGCGCCGUUCAGCGGGCUGGAGGAGGCGCGCAGCAGCCCGGAACUGGCCGAACUCGGAGCACUCAAGUUCGAGGAGGACGCAGUGAAGGAGGAAGAGGAGGAGGAAGAAGAGGAGGAGGCGUGCGGAGCCGAGCAUGGCCUGUCGCCCAAGGACGAGCCGAGUCCGCGCAACGACGCAGAUGUGAAGGACGGAGAGGACAGCGUGUGUCUGUCUGCAGGAAGCGACUCGGAGGAAGGCAUGCUGAAGAGGAAGCAGAGGAGAUACAGGACCACGUUUACGAGCUACCAACUAGAGGAGCUGGAGAGGGCCUUCCAAAAGACCCAUUACCCAGACGUCUUCACCAGAGAGGAGCUCGCGAUGCGCCUGGACCUCACCGAAGCGCGUGUGCAGGUGUGGUUCCAGAAUCGUAGAGCAAAAUGGAGAAAGAGAGAGAAGGCAGGAGUUCAGUCUCAUCCUCCAGGUCUGCCAUUCCCUGGUCCACUAGCAGCAGCCCAUCCCUUGAGUCACUAUCUAGAGGGAGGCCCGUUUCCUCCUCACCCACACCCAGCUCUGGAGUCUGCCUGGACCGCCGCUGCAGCAGCCGCUGCUUUCCCAGGACUGGCACCACCACAUAACAGCUCCGCCCUUCCUCCUGCUACGCCCCUUGGCUUGGGCACCUUCUUGGGCACCGCCAUGUUCCGCCAUCCGGCCUUCAUUGGACCCACUUUUGGCAGACUUUUCUCCAGCAUGGGUCCCCUGACAAGCGCUUCCACGGCCGCUGCUCUCCUGCGCCAAACCACACCACCAGUAGAAAGUCCUGUGCAGCCGCCCGCAGGCCUAACGGAUCCACCCACCGCCUCGUCCUCUUCCUCCACGGCUGCUGACCGACGAGCCUCAAGCAUUGCCGCGCUACGUCUUAAAGCAAAAGAACACUCAGCUCAGCUCACUCAACUGAACAUCCUGCCUGCCAGUGCUACGGGGAAGGAGGUCUGCUGAAGCUGUUGCUCUGAAAAAUAAACCCCUUACUAAAAAUAAUAAUAAUAACAAAGCAUGACCAAAUCCACAGUGCAACAGCACACGGAUCGAGCUGUCAGAGAUCUGGAGGCGUAAUGCACUGUUACAGCACCCAUCCUUUUUGAACAUCCUCCAUCAACGACCUGAACCCCAGUUUGCAAUGUAGCUACACUGCCAAGCAACAGCCAGUGAAAUUGUACUUAGGAAAACCACUCCAUUUUAUGUAUUAUUUUUGGGAGGUCAAGGAUGUGGUGACAGCAGUCACACACAAAAUAGCAACAAAUUCUUCUCGGCAAGAAGCAUCAGCUCCAGCAUGGAACCAGAGGAGGAGGUCAAUAUGCCAAAGGGAACUGCUAGAACCCUCCAAAUCACACUAUCACCAAAUUCAUCAACUGAUACGAGGAAAAAACCCUCCCGCCAUCUCUGUGAAGAUUACCCCUUCGACCCUCGUGUUAAUUAUUAUCUAUAGGAAGAAAAUUAACCACCACUGUCAUCAAAGGACAAUAAUGAAGUUCAGAUUGCUUGCUCAUUGAUCUGUUAAGAGUAGCCUAUUUGUAUAUACAGACAUAAAUACAUAUAUAUAUAAACACACAUUAGCACUGUAAAGAUGAAUUGAAUUGGGGGGACUUGAGCUUAAAAAGGUGUACACUUGAAAUUCACUUGAUGUAGUAUUGUAUGAAUGUUUCCUAGUAGAUGUUCAUUUUACAAAAUUUUAGGUUUGUGGAUGAUUAUUUAUGUCGACCCUGUGGACUGUUCAGAUCCACAGCAGGACACACUGCUGUUCCACCAGAGACUUUGCUGGAUUAUUUUUUUUUUUUUUGGCAGCCAAGCAGAUGUGUGAAGUAUGAAUAAAUCUGCUGAAUGAAUCUGAUGAAAUGGAA